ACGUGCGCAUCGGUGAGCAAGUGUGAGCACGCGAAAACGAGUUUGACGUGCAGCAGCAGCGACGCAAUUGAGACGGACGUUGGAGCUGCUUAUGUAGAGUUUAUAAGCAACAUAGACCAGGGGAAGGAAGAAACAACGUGUUGUAGAGGGGUGUGGCUGUUGACUGUAUAGCGGAGUUCGAACGCUACAGCACCAAUGCAAUGCGUUGAACAUGCAGUGAUUUUUCCAAUUAGAAAAUACCGGAAGUUAGCUUAGUGACAGCGACGGCCAAGCGUAAAGCCAUCAUGACGAGUACGAAAUCUAAAUAGACGACGGCGAAGUUUGCAUCACAGAUGUGUGGCUAUUGUACCUAAUUGAUUCGUGAUAGAUUCUCUGAUAGACGCGUGUUGAUCAAUUCAAGAACUGAAACUCGGCAUAUUUUUCGGUAAAUAAUUCACUAGAAAAAGCUGCAGCUUUUAUUACGCAAAGAUGUGCGUACAUAUUUACAUACAUAAAACUAUUAAGCUUAAGAAGUAAAUCAACUAAAAAUGUAUCACCGUAAUUUUUUUCGGUCCGAAAAAUAGUAUGGCGACGGUAGUUAAAUUGAAUUGCAAAAUAAAAAAAAAAGAAUAAUUCUACUAAAAAUACCGAAAACGUUGCGUACUUUGCCAGUCAAAGUGUCAAAUUACCCCCAAAACAAGUUUCAACAGCGCAGUCUUGUUGUUGUUUAUAUUGCUGACCGCUGACAAUAUUGUGAAGCGGUUUUGAAAAGAGUAGAGAAGGAGGAGGUUUUAGUUUGGGUUUGUGGUUGAACUGCUUUUCGGCACGUACAGGCUGAAUAGCUGGCCCUGGCUGGUCAGAGCAAAACCUUGACCCUGUCAACAAAAACGGCAAGAACUAUUAAAGCGAGAAGAAUGUUUGCGCAGCAGCAGCAACAAAAUUACAAAUAACAAUUAGAACAACAACAAGCGUGUACACAGUAAACAGCAGCCACUGGUACGCUGACCUGUCAAAGUGUGAACAAGACAAGUUUUAGGCUGCAGUUACCGCUUGGCAUUCUGGCAUUCAUAUGCCAAGCUAAUUGUCAAGUAAACACUGGACAAAAUACUGGCUAAUAAGUUUGUGCUUGAGCAAUGUACAUAUGGCCAACAACAAUCACUGACCAUUUAGAAUGUCAAACUGUGGCGAAAUGUCGUAACAAUGUCAGUGGCAUAGUGGUCAGCUGUGAAAACUUUGAAGUGACGCGAACACAACAACAAGAAAAAAUAACGAUAAAAUUAUAACUAAAAAUAAAAUUGAGAUGUCAAGUAAACUAAACUUUUCGGACUCGCUCAAUUAGCAAAAAAGAAACAUAAAUAAAGAAAUAAAGAAAUUUUUAAACGCAAGAGUAAAAAUAGUCACGGUUUUUGAGCGCAUUGCCGCUGGCCGAAGACAUUUAAUUGGAAGUUAUUGUUAUUAUAUUCAAAUAUGUCGGCUAACCUAUCGACUCUCACCGUUAAUUUGUUGCUAAUUAGCGCUUUUUAGCACUAAGAUAUUCGAAAAUUUUAUUUCACCGAAAAAGUGAGAAGUUGUGAUUUGGUUCCGCGUUCAGAGCGCAUUUAGAAUGGCAGCUUACGCGCAGUACAACGGCUGCGGAUAUCCGACGGCGAAUCAAUACCUCUCAGCUGGCGGUGCUCUUUCGACUCUACAUCCAAUUUCACAAUCAUCGGUAACCGCUAAAACUCCUGCUCACCCACCUGCCUCGAUCAGUCCACCAUCCAAUGGGCCCGACAGCAACGUCAGCAGUGCUGGUGGUGCUGAUCAGCAUAGCGGUACACUAACACCCGAUCCAGCAUCUCAGCCGUCCAACCAUGGAACACCGAGUGCGGCAGGUAGCAGCGGUAGUGCUAGUGGCAGCAUCGACAGCAGUUCGCUAGGUCCCUAUGCGACGUGUCCGACGGCUGGUGCAAUGGCGGGUAUACCACAGCCACAACAACACCCGCUUGCUUCUUCAGCGGCAUGCUGUGAUAAUGGGCGUCCUGUUAUGACAGACCCGAUGACGGGUCAAACCGUUUGUUCAUGUCAAUACGAUCCCACCCGCUUGGCGUUAAGUAGUUAUGCACGUAUGCAGUCAGCGGCAGCAGUGGCGGCAUCAGCAGGCCCCCAAACGCCAACUGUGGGCGUCUACGGCACUCCAUAUCCCUCAAACGAACAGAAUCCGUAUCCCACUAUUAGCGUGGACAGUGGUCCGUUUUAUUCGAGUUUGAGUACGCCUUAUGCUUUAAAAGACGGCAGCUGUAGUGGUAGUGAGGUAACAACAUGGACUUCGACGGGCUUGCCUCCCUCAACCGGUUACUACACCUACGAUCCAACAUUCGGUGCGUAUGGUUAUGGCGCCAGUUAUGAUUUAUCAUCACGUCGGAAGAAUGCAACGCGUGAGUCCACUGCAACGUUAAAAGCCUGGCUCAGCGAGCACAAGAAGAAUCCAUAUCCAACUAAAGGCGAGAAGAUCAUGCUGGCCAUUAUCACCAAAAUGACGUUGACGCAGGUGUCUACGUGGUUUGCGAAUGCGCGCCGUCGCCUGAAGAAGGAGAACAAAAUGACUUGGGAGCCAAAGAAUCGGACCGAGGACGAUGAAGAAGAUGCGUUGGCCUCGGACGAUGAGAAACAACGCCAUGGUGAGGAUAUUAGCAGUGUUGGUUGCGCAGAGCGAAGGCGGCACAUUGGCGUGGAGUAUACAAGCGGCGCCAUAAGCGUUUCAAUUGGUAACAAUGCACCAGUGACUGCCAAUGCUACGACAGUGACGGCGGCAGCGAUGACGGUAACGACGGGAGCAGGUGUCGUGGAUAGUGGUGCGAAUGGCGUGGGCGCAACAAUUCCAACUACAGCGACGGCGGCGGCGUCGGCGUCGGCGACGACGAACCAUCAUCCGCAUGUCGGCGUGGCAGGCGCAGGCGCGAGUGUGGGCGCCGUUGGUGCACUGCAGCCAUCGAAAGAUCUUUACCAAAAUCCUCAACAGUAUUCACGGAAUCUCUUCUAUAGCAGCAGUAAUAAUGUCGGCAGCAGCAACAAUGGCGGCAACAAUAGUUUGCAUACGCAAUUUCCGCAUCUACAGCAACACCAACUACAUCAACAUUCUCAGCAUCUGCAGCAACAAUCGGCGCUGUCUGCUCUUUCGCAACAUGUUGCUGAGAGCGCGAUAUGGCAUCAACAUCAUCAGCAUACACAUCCAUCGCAUCUGCAACAAUAAUAAAUGUUGCGUACAGAGAUAGUCGGCAUCUACAGGUCUAUUGAGGCAUUUUUUAAAAAGUUGCUGGCCCAAUGCAGGCUUUUCUUACUUGUUUGGACUGUUUGUGAAUUGUAGACUUUGACUCUGUCUGAAUAAGCAGCAGCAAAACACUUAAAUAUGUUGAAAAUAAUGCCGUUAUUAAUUAUUAAUUGACCAAUAUACAUUUUUUUAAUCGAAAGAAGACAAUUACACUAGAAAACAGCAAAUCAGAUUAAAACAUGCGAAGCGACGCGCGAAGCAGGAAUAUUAAAGGCUACAAAAAUAUUAUCAAAUACAAAUUUGCGCCUUUUGAAACUUUAUAGCGCGUCAAGAGCCUGAAGCAAAGUUGUUACUUUUUCGACAGUUAUCGAAGCAAAGUAAGCGUGCCUUGGUCCUGCAACUUGGCGCCCAGAUAAUUGGUUUCUUCUUAUACUUUUCCAAUAAGAAUUAGCCAUUAAGCCAGAGUUUUUAUUUGCCGGUCAAAAGAAGUUUAUUUCCUAUAUAGAAAGAACCUUUUAGUGUAAGGCAUGUGAUAAAGUUGAUAUCAGAGUGCAAGUGGGCAAAUGUGCAUAUAAACCAAAAACAAAUAUAACUCAAUUAAAAAAAAAAAAGCAAGAACUAUUAAAAAUUGUAAUUAUUGAAAUCUACAGCAAAUCUACUUUGUUCCAAUUUCAUAUAUGUAUGUAACAGUUAUGUGGAACAUAUUUAGUUAAACAUCUACCCGGAAUUCGAGACUUGCGAUGUGGUGCAAUAAAGAAAUGGUCAGUAAAGUUUAUUAUUUGGCUGGUAAGCUGCAAGAAUAAGUUGUAGAAAAAUAGUUUGUACAGACGGCAAGGGGCACCCUAGUACUUAUGAAUAUGUGUGUUGAAUAAAAAAAAAAAACAAAAAAACACAAUGAAUAUUAAGUAAAGUAAAGAGUUCUGAACGUUUACCACUAGCAGAUGACUUUGAUGAGCUACAGUCACUCACACCUUAUUUGAUACAGCUACGAUUGUUAUGUAAAGUGUUCUAUGCCUCAUAAUAUUUUGCGAAAAUGGAAAAAACCGAGUAUUAAUUUUGUUUUAUUUCAAUUCUCAAAAUAAAAUACAAAGAAGUGUUCACUCAUUUCAUUGUAAUGCAAAACAAACAAAAAAAAAAAUCAUACAGAGAAUUCAAGCCACUGCUUAAAUGAUGCAACUGAAAAAGGAGCAACUAAUUAUUUCUAAUUUUUAAUAUUUUCAGUCAUUAAGCAGUUUAUUAGGUAUCCUUUAAUAUCAAUUACAGCUUGAAGUCUACCUGGAAGUCAACCAAUUUUUUUUUGUACGUUCUGUACUAAUUUGGUUCCACUCUUCAAUUGCCUCACAUUUUUCAUGGAUGUCAUAUUUUCUUACAUUUGUCUGCAAAAUCAACCAUAAAUUUUCAAUGCGGUUCAAAUCCAGUGAUUUUGCUGGAGUUUGAACAAUGUUUGGACAUUUAUAUUGGGUUGGCAACUAAGUAAUUGUGAACUUCUUUUAGAAAAUCAAAGACAAUUCUUUCAUGCAACUAAAUAACUUUAUUCUGUAAUGUACUGCCCAUUUUGAUCAAUAACCUUUUGCCAUCUUUCAGGCAGCAUAAUCCCACGUUUAUAAAACUUUUGGUUUUUAUUAGCAAAAAACUGAAUCAGGUACGAUUUGACAUCAACAUCAUUAUUGAAAUUUUUAGCAUUCAAAUAGUUUUGUAAAGAUCGAAACGAAAAGUAAUCAGUUGGUGCAAGGUGUAUGUGGCAAAACAUCCCAACCAAGCUCCAAUAAUUUUUUUUUUUUUUGAACAUAGCCAAGUUGUUUUAAAUGAUUUCAAAUUCAUGUAUGUGAUGCAUGAAGUUUCUCUGCAAUCGCACGAGUUGUACUGUGACGAUCCGAAUCGAAUAUUGCUUUGAUUAGGGCGCCAUCAACUUCAACUGCACGACCAGAGCGUUUUUGAUCUUUGAGUGAAAAAUCACCAGCGCGAAAUUUGGCAAACCAAUUUAGACACUGCCGUUCUUUUAAGGCUUCGUCACCAUAAACAGCACAUAACUUUUUAUGAGGUGGCGAUGCGGUUUUCCCUUUGCGGAAAUAAAAAAGCAAAAUAUGACAAAAAUGUUCCUUUUGAUUUUCCAUUUUUCAACGAACGCCAAACGAAAACUACGCAACCGAUCAACAAACUUUUUUUACUGAUUUACAGCUGAAUUGCCAACUAUCAAAUAACGAAAUGUGUUUUACAUUUAUACUACGUUUGCAAACCUAAAAAUUCAACUGAAGUCAUCUAUGAGUGAAAUCCGCAAUAACUUAGUUGCCAACCGAAUAUAUUAACCAAAUUUGUAUUAUUUAUGACUUGUGCUUAAGGUCGUUAUUUUGAUAAAAGCGAAAGUCAUCUUCAGUUUCUAAUUUUAUAGCUCUUUGACCCAAUUUUUCUUGCAAAAGUUUUAAAUAAAAAUAUUUUUUCACUAUUUCUUGAAUAAAGUCUAAUUUCCAACUGCAUUCGAUGGCGUGCAUACCCAAACCAUCGUGUGAUAAAUGAUUUCCAGUGAUUUCGGUUUUCAGCUUUUGUCUUUUGUGGCCAUGUAAGGUUUACGUCUAUUCCAUCAAGAUCAUCUAUAAAGGCGUCACCAUGAAUCCCUCAGACGCCCUCUUUUUCGUGCUCCCUGUGGAUUCCGGUCUAAAGCAGCAUUGCUGAAUUUUUUUCUUUGUUCCACUUUCUCUCCCGAAUCUCAAUGUUUAUUGCCCGCGGGUUAAAGCUAGUAUACUUAUAUACAAAAUUAUUUCAAAGAAUAGGAGAAAAACCAUAGCAAAUGUAUAGAGAGGUGGAGUUUAAGGAUAAUAAAAUAUAUUUUGCUGAUUCAAUCAAAAAUAAAUUUAUUUCAUAACCGAAUUCCGGGUCAACGUUUAGCUGGUUAAGCAAUACACACUUUAUUAUAUUUUUUUUAUUUUAUUUAUGCGUAUAAACACAAGAAAGCAUACAUACAUAAUUUUAGUAAUGCUAUAAAAUGAUUAUCUGUAAAAAUCUUCUACUUGUACCAUAUUUUUAAUUGUAAUAUUGUAUUUUAUUAUUGUAUAUAAUAGUAUUAUUUGUUAAAAUGUAUAUUUAUGUAUAUUGUAAAAAAAGUAUUCCUCAAAAUAAGAAAAAAUCAUAAAAAUAAUUGUAGUUUAACAAAUAAAAAAAAUAAAAAAUAUUACGGCAUACGAAGACGUCAUAAAACCCAUUGAAAAUGGCAUAUGAUAAUAUUUCAUAAAUACUUCUCCUCAAAAAUUCUGUAUAUAACGCAAAAAUAUUAAACAAUUAAAAGAAGGCAUAGAAGAUUCCAUACAGAUCUUUUUUAUUUUUGUCUAGUGCAUACAAUUAUCGUCUAUUUUGACUGGCACCAGAUCCUGUAUAACCGAAAACACAAAUCUCUAGAAAAAAACUCAUAUUGGGGACUUUUAUUUUAUUUCACAUGAGCAAACCGGAAUCUUUAUUUUUCUAAACCUAUAACAACAGUUAAGCUUGGCCAAUGUUUUUUGAGGUCGAAAUAAAAGUACUUUCCAAUUAAUAAACAAACCUUAAUGAAAUAAAUUUGAAUUCAAUCGGUUACUCUGAGACCCUAGAAUCCAAAAAUUCAUAGUUUGUUUGAUAUUGGAUGUUCCUGACAUUCUCAAACUAUGAUAUAAGAAACAAAGUUACAACCGAGCUCGCAUCUAAGUGGAGUUUUUGUUAGUAUGCACAAAGCAGGUAUACAUAUUUAUAUACACACACGGACAAAAUUAUUCACACAACCACUAAUUUUUCAUUCGAUAAGCUGUAUCUUCAGAAAACAUUAAUGUAAUUAAAAAUGUGAUUCUAUGAAGAAUACAGUAAUUUAAUGGGAGGUUGAAUUAGUUGUAAAGGUUUUUUUCGAAGAUUUGGGGCUUUAUUGUGAAAAAACGGUACAAAAUAUUUUAUUUGAAGUAUUGGCCAUCGCUAGCUACAACUUUCGCCCAUCUUUCGGGCAAUUUCCGGAUGCCAAUUCUCCAAAAUUCUGGCCGCUGCUUGGCUAUCCAUGACUCAACCCAUAUUUUGGUAGCCUCGUACAAGGAGAACCGCUGGUCCGCCAAAUCGAGACUCAUAUGCCGGAACAAAUGAUAAUCGGAGGGAGCUAUGUCUGGACUAUACGGCGGGUGGGGUAACACUUCCCAGCCAAGCGUUCCAAGGUAUUUUUUGACAGAUUG